AAAAUAUUUCUAGGUUAAUUUUAUACAAUUGUUUACAGAUUUUGUGAUAAGCAAAUCAUUAAACAAAACAACAUGCCCAAAAACAAGAAGAAAGCUGAAAGUUCUAGCGACAGCGACGAGGGACCUGUUGAUAGAAAUGUACCUCCAGAAAAAAAAGCCAAAAUGGGCUCAAGGACUACGGACAAAGAGCCAACAUGGGUCCUUGAGGGUCAGAAGCUUGUCAAAGUGAGGGGGUUCAAGGGGAAGACUUAUGUGGAUAUUCGCGAGUUUUACGAGAAGAACGGAGACUUGUUACCAGGGAAGAAAGGCAUCAGCCUGACCCCGGCGCAGUGGCGGAAACUGCUGUCGUUGGCGGAGGAGGUGAAUGAGGAACUCGGUAACUGUUAGUUCGGAACAAGUAUACUGUAUGAUUGUGUUACGAUCUGUAAGAUUAAAGUUUUGUUGAGCAAAUUAUA